AUACACCCACACAUCACCCACUUCAUCUAACCUAGCGCCGUUAUCACUCACCCCUUCCCCUUAUCAACGCAAACACAACCACACACACGGCGCCAUUCACACUCGCUGAAUAAAGGGAGAAUGCAGAGAGAGAACCAAGGGAGAAGAAGAGAAGUCGCACCACCACCGCAACGCCACUACGUCGUCACCACCAUUCCAUUGAGUUGCCGUUGUCAUCGCGCGAGAGAGAAGAAGAAGCUGCCGAGGCAUCGUCGUUGUCGUGAUCGCUGAGAGGGAGGAUGACGUGCGAGGAAGAGAGGGAUGCGGUCAGCCUCAUCGCUAUUUGCGUUUGGCCGUCACCGCUAUCGCAUCCUCCAAUGGCGCUACUGCACGUGAGCUGGAAGAACUCGUCCUCGUCGUUCUGCCGCCAGCGAAGCCAGGAGCCAUUGCGUCGCCGUCGGGGAAUCAAAACCGCAAGAGAGAGGGACCUCGUUAUGCUGCUGAAGGCUGCGCCGUCGUGCCGCUGGCUGCCGGGAAGCCGCAGCAUCGCCACUCCUCUGCCGCCAUCGCUGCCGGAGUUUUUGGUCACUGGAUAUAGCGUUAUUGUCGCCGAGACCACCGCCAAGGUUGUUGCUGCUCUGUUUAGUCGUUCUUUCUUUGUUAUGGUCGAGAAUCGGUUAUUGCGAGUCACGAUUGAAGCUACCACUAUUGCAGGCCGGGAGUAAAAGGAGUUUUGUGUCGCGUAGUUAUGUCGCGAUCGAGGUGCCAUGGUGUGAUUCAACUUGCUCUGGGUUAUGGUUUGAGUCUACAUGGAUAGAUGCAGUGGUUUGCCCCCACUUGUUCCUAGUUGAGAAUGAUAUGUGAUUUAAAACUUUAUCUGAGUCUUGAAUUUUCCUGGGUAGAUGCAGUGGGUUGGCUCCACUUGCUCCAGGUUGAGAUUCGAGAUUCUGUUGACCCUUCGUCGCAAGAUGUGGCCAGACACUUAUACCUUUCCGGACGUUCUUUUUUGAAGAUGUAAAAUUCCUCUUGGUAGAUGCGUGCACAUUUGGACUAUCCAAGGUUAGCUACCGGACAUGUCGGGUUUGACUGUAUAACCGACAGAUGAGUUCAUUGGCCAUAGAGCAGGCAUGCAUCAUUUGCAUCCAUGUGACAUUGUUUGGGUGUGCAUAUUGUACUUGGUUUGCCUUUGUGAAUAAUUUUGCUUAACUGCUAAUUGCUAUACUUUCUAUAAUUGCUCUUGAUUGUGUUUGAAUUGCAUUACUUAUGAUUGUGACUGUUGGUUCGGAUUAUGGUAGUUGAAGUGAGAAUUGAUUUUGUGUUGGGCCGAAGGCUGUGAUGUGAUAUUAUUUUGGGACGGAGUCUGUGAUUUGGUUAUGUUUUGGUUAUGUUUGAUGAAAUUGCUUCUUUAAUAUAUGUAGUGAAAGGUUACGAGAUAUUGUGUUUAAUUGGAGUUUUUAUAAAUUCAAAAUAUAAAUUUAAUUUUUGGGUAAUUAACUAAUGAUUUUCGAAAAGGUUUGGCUUUUUGGAUGAUUAACAGUUGAUUUUCAAAAAGAUUCAUAAGACGAGCGAUGAUCACUGCAAUCGAAAACAAUUUUCAUUUAAAUAUUCUCUUAUGACAAUUCUUAAAACCCCUCUAAUGAGAACUAGCGAGGAUGAUGUUCUCCC